CGGGAUGGGGUAGGGGGCAGCGCCAGAGUGGAGCGAUGGGCCGCCCUCUAGGCACCGAGCAGCCCCCCGAGGCCUGACCCACCGCGAGGACCCGAGCAGGACCCCGCCUGGAUGUCAAGCAGAUACCCCCGUGCCCCGCAGCGGACGCGGCGGGGACAAUGGCUUCGCUGAUGCCCCUCUCCCCAUACCUAAGCCCCACGGUCCUUUUGCUGGUCAGCUGUGACCUGGGCUUUGUGAGAGCCGACCGGCCCCCCUCUCCUGUCAAUGUGACCGUCACUCACCUCAGAGCCAACUCAGCCACUGUGUCCUGGGACGUCCCAGAAGGCAACAUCGUCAUUGGCUAUUCCAUUUCCCAGCAACGGCAGAAUGGCCCCGGGCAGCGUGUGAUCAGAGAGGUGAACACCACCACGCGCGCCUGUGCCCUCUGGGGCCUGGCUGAGGACAGCGACUACACCGUGCAAGUCAGGAGCAUCGGCCUUCGAGGAGAGAGCCCUCCAGGGCCCCGGGUGCACUUCCGAACCCUCAAGGGCUCUGACCGGCUGCCCUCAAACAACUCCAGCCCAGGUGAUAUCACGGUGGAGGGGCUAGAUGGAGAGCGACCCCUGCAGACGGGCGAAGUGGUCAUCAUUGUGGUGGUAUUGCUCAUGUGGGCUGCGGUGAUCGGGCUGUUCUGCCGUCAGUAUGACAUCAUCAAGGACAACGACUCCAACAACAACCCCAAGGACAAGGGGAAGGGGCCAGAACACAGUCCUCAGGGAAGGCCAGUGGGAACAAGACAGGUGAUGUGGGGGCCGAUGAGGGUGGAAAAGGUGGUUUUAUCCCAGAGGAGCAGCCAGGGAAAGAGGGAUAGGAAAAGCAGAACAGAAAGUCAGGGAAGGAGGAGUCUGCAGAGAAUUGGGAGGGCUCAUGACCUUCAUGAAAUUAGACACUCAGGCCAUUUUCUUUCACAGAAAAAGUCGCCAUCCAUCAACACCAUAGACGUCUGAAUGGAGCAGCAAAACUGGAAGAUGGCUGUGCUAACGGCCUGGGGCUGGGAGCAGUCCAAGUUGGGAUGUUUCCAGGGGGGUGAUGACACUCCCACAAUCUCAGGCUGGUAUCCACUCUCCUGGCACUGUCAGCAGGUCCAGAAUGUGGAUCUGUUGGAAUAAUCUGCACCCCUGGACCUGGAGCGUGGCUAUUCGUUGGGAUGUCUCCUCCCAUCCCCUCUGCCCGCUCGUUCAACACUGUCCCAUUAGGUCCCCACUAGAGGGCCCCGUUUCACCUGCAUCAGGACUCUCCGCAUACCCAGCUGCUCUCACAUCUUGUCUCUGGGCCUCGAGGCAGGGCUGUGGCAAUGGAGACUCCUCCUCUCCCAGCAAGCGGACAGCAACACCCGGGGCCUAGAGGUAGAGGCUGCGCUGCAGUACUCCAAUGUCUUCCAUGGCGCCUCAGGUGCUCCCCCUCUCACCUGGCAGCCUCUGCAGCUACUG